AUGGGAAAUAAAAUCCAAAUCUAGCUCAAUUCUAAAUUCUAUUUUCCGAAUUAAGCAAUAUAAGGUACAUGAUAAAUCUAUAAGAGGAAUGGUUAUUAUUGAGGAUUGUGAAUAUACUUUGAAGGAAAUCUCCAAAUUGUAUAUUCAUUUAUAAGGUGAGGAAACUUGGGAAAAAGGGUUUGCAUGCAUUGAAUCAAACAAUUUUAAUAUAUUCUAUUCUCAAUUCAAGUUGCUUAUAGAUAUAAAUGAUGAAAGAAACCAAGAGGAUUAGAAAUUGAAAAUCUAAAAAACGAUUGCAAUUCCAUUCACUUAUUAAUUACCUGAAAAUAUUCCUGGUUCAAUGAAAAGAGAAAAGGACUUCAAAUUAAGGAUUGAUUAUAAUAUGUCCUUAAUUGCUGAGACUCUAAAACUUGAUAGGAUCACACUUAAUAAAUUACCUAUUAUCAUUAACUAAUAUGCAGUUAGACAAAAUAUUAUUAAAACCAUUUCAAAUAGCCAUAUCAUUCGUGGAUAUUUGAAUAAGCAUUAAGGAGUAUAAUUUAAAAUAACUUUAGAUUUCUAAAUUAGAGUGUAAAUAUAGUGGAGAAGAGUUUUCGUUUGGUGAUUCAAUCCAUUUAGAAAUGAUUGUUGAUUUAAGAGAAAGCAAGCAAUACAUUUAAGAAAUAGUAAUUUCAUUGAAUAAGAGAACCACAAUUAUUGCUAAAGAACCAAAAGUUAUCAUAGAAUAAAUUUCUAAAUUGAGUUUACCUGGAGUUGUCUAAGGCAUUGUUUAAACAAUAAAAAAAUCAAUAUUACUCUUUGAUUUUCACAACAAAAUGGAACUUUCAACAACUGGAUAAUUAAUUAAAGUGGAUUAUUUAAUCAGAAUAUAAGCUUAUUCAACAUUAUUUAAUAUCAAUAAUAAUGAUUUAAGAAUAGAUAUUCCUAUCAAUAUAUUCCAAAGAAUAAUCAAGUUACCAGAUUUAAAAAUUGAAUCCAAUUAGAUUAAAGAUCUAUAAUAACUAUAUGAUGUAAAUAUGAAAUUAAAUUUUAGGUCGUAAGACUUUGA